AUGCCACUCCAACCUCCAACAUCAUCUCCUGCACCCCCUGCUCAAAAUGAGCCUGUCGCUACUACGGUCGAGAGUGUUGAAGCAGCGGUAUUGAAAGAGAGUCACAGUGAUGAGGAAGGAGCAUUGGUUGCAGCUGGUCGACGACGCAAGGGCAUACCUGGUCGCAGCAAGUUAUCCAACUUCUCCCCAAAAGAAGAUGUGUUCCUUGUGAAGUCAUGGUUGGAAAUUAGCUGUGACCCAAUUAUAAACACAGGGCAGAAGAAGUGGGGGUUCUGGGCUAGGAUUACAGGCCAGUACAAUAGCAAGAGGGGUUCCUUCCAUGAGAGGAGUGGAAGAUCGCUGCAGAGUCGUUGGGAUACUAUCAAGGCUGAAUCGAGUAAAUUUGCAGGGUACAUGGCAAAUGUUCUUCGAGACAAUCCGAGCGGGAUGAGUGAUGCAGAUAAAACCGCUUCAGCUCUAGCUAACUUUGCAGACAUUGAACAAUACCCAUAUAUUUACAUGCAUUGCUGGGAUUUACUCAAGGAUGAGCCUAAGUGGAUGGAGCUCAACAUCAGAGGGGCACGACCUGGAGACGACGAUGCAAUAGCUGAACACAUUCCACCAGGCGCCAUAGACAUCGAUCAUGACCUGGAGACACCGUCUUCUCAGUGCUCAGGCAGCAAGAGGCCUAUGGGGAGGGAUGGAGCUAAAAGAGCAGCUAAGAAAUCAGCCUCUUCCUCUCCAUCAGAAUCAUCUAAGUAUGCUUCAAAGUUGCAGGACCUGUCCAUACAGAAGAUUUCAAUAUGGGAAGAAGAAAAUGUGAAGAAAGGCUCUCGCUAUGAACAAAGGGUUGCCAUCGAGUCACAGAGGUACGAAGAGAUGCGCCACAUGGAGUCACAGAGGUACGAAGAGGUUUGCCAACACAAUAAGCACAUGGUAUCAAUUGAGGAAGAGAAGCUGCAGAUCAUGCGUAAGAAAGCUGACAGGGAACAAACACACGAGGAAGAACGCAUCCUCGGGAUUGAUCUGGACAAGUGUAAUCCGCGCCUCCGCAAGUACUAUGAAAAGAAACAGCAAGAGAUACUGCGCAACAUUGGUGCCAACGAAUACGACAAUUGA